CAACAUGUUUCUGAAAAUUUGUAACACUAUCUUAGCAUUAAUCAUUGUUAUUGUUCACAUCGAUGCCUUUCCACCAAUCCGAAACGAUAAUGUUCCUAAACCAAGGCUACUUUUGGAUAAAUAUCAAAGCUAUGAUGAUGUAAUGGAGUUUUUGGAUGUUGUGGGAGAGUACUAUCAUCCAUGGGUGUCGCUGGUUGAUGUUGGUCGAUCCUAUGAGAAUCGCCAUCUAAAGACCAUUGUCAUAUCCAACAGCGAUGGCCGACGUGGAAAGAAUGUUAUCUUCAUGGAUGCAGGCUUGCAUGCCCGAGAAUGGAUAACACCAGCUGUAGCUCUCUAUGUGGUGGAUCAAUUGCUGGGUGAAUUCGAAGAGAAUGCCCAUCUGUUGAAGGACUACGACUGGAUCAUAUUGCCAUUGGCUAAUCCAGAUGGCUAUGAAUACUCAAGGAAUGCCGACAAAAUGUGGCGUAAUACCCGUUCGCCAAAUGUAAAAGAUUGUUUUGGUACAAAUCUGAAUCGCAAUUUUGAUGUACACUGGAGUGAGGGCUAUAGCGAAUUGCUUGAUCCGUGUAGUGAACAUUAUGCGGGAAGUAAACCCUUCUCUGAGUCCGAAUCGGUUGCUAUUCGUGAUUUAAUGCUAGAUUUGGUGCGCACUGGGCAAGGCAAAAUGUAUUUAUCAUUGCAUUCACACAACGAAUCGAUAUACUAUCCUUGGGUCUAUGAAAGUGUACAAACAAAAAAUCAUCAAGAUCUUCAUGAGAUAGCUGACUAUGGAGCAAAAGCAAUGCAAACCUCUUACCAGACAGAUUUUAAGGCCAGACAAGGUCAUCAAUAUGGCACAAUUGGUGGCAGUAGCCUCGACUAUGCCUACAAAAUAGGAAUUCCUUUGUCCUUCGUCCUCGAAUUGUCUGGCAGGCAACACGGUUUUUUUCCUCCACCAGAAUAUAUAGAGACUUUGGUAAAAGAAUCAUGGGCUGGCAUUCGGGCAAUGGCCGAAAAGGCCAUAGAAAAAUAUCCUUUAAUUGAUCAAACGGAUCAACAGCAACAACAUGACAAAUCAGCGGCAAGCAGUCUAGUAUCUACCUCAAUCUAUAUCAUUUUUGUAUGUAUAGGCCAAUUUGUACUUAUAUAAAAUAGUUGCAAUGUAUAAGAAAUUCUGUAAACAAUCAGCUUGAUCUCAAAACUGGUUUUCAAUUGUGCAAUCUAA